GUGGCGUAUUCGAAGGCGGGAAAGGGAUUCGUUUUUAGCGGAUGUGACGCAUUACUUCCGGUUUCUUCGCCCGACUGCAAUAUGGCGGCGUCAUGGCGUUUGCUGGCGUCCGUGGGGAACCGUUUCCUCCGAAGAUCGUUAUUGGAGAACAAUUACCUCGACAGAUUCACUGCUGGACCCCGCCGACUGUUGACUGCGCAGGCCGCUCACCACGUAGCUUUAAAUGUCCCGGAAACGAAGGUGACCACUUUGGAAAAUGGACUACGUGUGGCUUCUGAGGACUCUGGACUUUCCACAUGCACGGUUGGCCUGUGGAUUGACGCUGGCAGUCGUUAUGAGAACGAGAGAAAUAACGGCACGGCUCAUUUUUUGGAGCACAUGGCAUUUAAGGGCACCAGGAAGCGUUCUCAGCUCGACCUGGAGUUAGAAAUUGAGAACAUGGGCGCACAUCUCAAUGCAUACACAUCCCGGGAGCAGACUGUGUACUACGCCAAGGCCUUCUCUAAGGACCUUCCCAGAGCCGUGGAGAUUCUCGCCGACAUCAUCCAGAACAGCCGAUUGGGCGAAGCGGAGAUCGAGAGAGAACGUGGCGUCAUCCUGCGGGAGAUGCAGGAAGUGGAGACCAACUUGCAGGAGGUGGUCUUCGAUUACCUCCACGCGACCGCGUACCAGUCCACGGCGCUGGGCAGGACCAUCUUGGGCCCCACGGAGAAUAUCAAGACCAUCAAUCGAGGCGAUCUGGUCGAGUACAUCACCAGCCACUACAAAGGUCCUCGAAUCGUGCUGGCUGCCGCCGGAGGAGUUUCCCACACUGAGCUCAUCGAUCUGGCCAAGUACCACUUUGGACAACUUCUGGGCCGCGACGACAGCGACGCCCCGGCUCCGCCCACCUGCCCCUUCACAGGAAGUGAGAUUCGCGUGCGCGACGACAAGAUGCCGCUGGCCCACAUUGCCAUCGCCGUGGAGGCGGUCGGAUGGUCCCACCCCGACACCAUCCCACUGAUGGUGGCCAACACACUCAUUGGGAACUGGGACCGCUCGUUUGGCGGCGGGGUGAAUCUGUCAAGCCAGCUGGCUCAGAUGGCGUGUCAGGGGAACUUGUGCCACAGCUUCCAGUCCUUCAACACCUGCUACACCGACACAGGUCUGUGGGGACUCUACAUGGUGUGUGAGCCCGGCACCAUCGACGACAUGAUGCGCUUCACUCAGAAAGAAUGGAUGUCACUCUGCACCAGCGUCACUGAAGGCGAGGUGGCCCGGGCCAAGAAUCUCCUCAGGACCAACAUGUUGCUGCAUCUCGACGGCUCCACCCCGAUCUGCGAGGACAUCGGCAGACAGAUGUUGUGCUACAGUCGCAGGAUCCCUUUGCACGAACUUGAGACGCGAAUUGAUGCCAUCGAUGCCGCCACCAUCAAGGACGUGUGUGCCAAACAUAUCUUCGACAAAGCGCCUGCCAUCGCAGCCAUUGGUCCUAUUGAGCAGCUUCCUGACUACAACCAGAUCCGCAGCAGAAUGUUCUGGAUGAGGAGCUAAGUAGAAACACUCUCUGUUUUCAAAUCCCCUUGUCCUUGCAAGA